AUGGCUCUUAAUACCAAAUUGUUAUUACCCGCUCUAUUGGGCUUUUCAUUGGUGACAGUUAGUGCAUUUGUUGUCUACUAUGUAUUCAAAAGAGAGGAUGAAGCUGAAGACAAACCAAUACGAUCAACUAAACUUAAUAUGAUUGAAGUUAAAGUACCUAAAAGUAUUGUCCCGGCUCUCAUCGGUAGGGGUGGCUCAAAUAUUAAACAAAUCGAGGAGAAAACAGGUGCAACAAUACACUUUAAAAAGUUUAGUGAUAAGGAGUAUGAUGUUUGCGUUCUACGAGGAAGAUCUCACGCUACACAGAUUGCUGAGACGUUGAUACAUGAUUUUAUUAAACAACAGCCGUUGAUAGAAAACGACUUUAUGGAAGUACCCGGAUGGGCUUGCGGCAGGAUUAUUGGUGGCAGCGGUGAAACAAUAAACCUGAUAAGCCACACUAGUGGGGCUCGGGUCAAGGUUGAGGGGGACAGAGGAGACAACGGCCAGCGGCAGGUCAGUCUGAAGGGCACCGCGGAACAGAUUGAAGCGGCCAAGAAAAUGAUCGCUGAAUGUGUGGAAUCGGAGAGAUGUCGUCGCGAGAUAGAACAUUCUAGACGUUUGCCUCGCGUGCCGACCCCGCCGACUCCUCAGCCAGCUCAGCCGCUGGCAGACCUGCCGGCAGCUCUGCCCGACAGACCAAACACGCCAGGUGAAACGGCCAAGCAUGUGAAAUACAGGCGUGAGGCGUCUUCAUCUAUAGAGGUGUACGUGUCAGCGGUGUCAUCUCCAUCACGUUUCUGGGUUCAGUUCGUGGGUCCUCAAGUCACUCAGUUGGAUGAACUGGUGUCACACAUGACGGACUAUUACAACAAGAAAGAUAAUAGAGCUAAUCAUGCGUUAAGUCACGUGAGCGUGGGCCAGGUGGUGGCCGCUGUGUUCAGACACGACGGCCGCUGGUACAGGGCGCGGGUCAACGACAUCAGGCCCAAUGAAUUUGAUCACACACAACAAGUAGCGGAUGUAUUUUUCUUGGACUACGGUGACAGUGAAUAUGUAGCUACCCACGAGCUGUGUGAAUUGAGAGCUGAUCUGUUAAGAUUGAGGUUCCAGGCAAUGGAGUGUUUCCUAGCCGGUGUGGAGCCCGCGAGACAGAGGAACGAGGGCGGAGCGCCACGCUGGCAUCCCAAUGCUAUUGAGAGAUUCGAAGAACUCACACAGGUAGCCAAAUGGAAACCAUUAAUGUCUCGUACAUGUAGUUACAAACGCAGCGCUGUGGCCGGCGGCCGGGAGAGAGAAGUGCCGGGGAUAAAACUAUAUGACGUAGCAGAUGGUAAUUACUUGGACGUGUGUGAGGUUCUCAUAGCGGAGGGCUGGGCGGUGCCGGCGGCCUGCGACACGCCCCGCGGAGCCCUGACCGGCGGCGGCGCGGCGGGGGCUCCUUACGGGGACCUGGGACACUCACGUGUCUUAGGUAUGGUGACAAGUAAUCGCGCGUCAUCAAUGCCGGCCGAGCCCAAAGAUAAACCAAGAACACCGGGCCCAGAAACAUUUAGAGACAACCCGAUGUCAAAGUCACUGGCUUCUGGUCUGGAAAAUUCAGAUAAAAUCAAAUCCGUAUCAAAUUUAAAUCUCUCCUACUCCGAGACUACUCCGAAGUCGAACGGAACGAGUGACUUCCUCGACUCUGAAAUAACGACCAAUGAAAAACAACUCGAAGUCACGUCGAAGUCACUCAACGAUGAAAAGGCGAAGAUGAAUAGGAUCGACUCGCAUCAUAGUAAUUUAGAAGCACUCGGAAAGAUUUGA